UCUUACACCAAACUCUUUAUUAACCACUAAUCUCUUGAUAAAAAUGUCAUUAUUCAUUCAUUCAUGUAUUGUAAAUUAAACCUCUUUAACAAAUUUCCUAGUUCUUCUCACAAGGACUCGCUCAACACUAAUGGUAGGUAAUACUUCUUACACACUUCAACUUCAAUUACAUGUCAAACCUUUAUUUAAGGAACCCAUGCACUAAUCUCAUGCAUAUUUGCUCUUGAAGUUCUCCUCUUUUUUCUCAAAACAACCCUCACAAAAUAGUCUCACACAAGAAGAAAAAAAUAAAAAAUUCAAUCGGGGUAGAAUAUGGUUGUUUAAUUUCCUAAACCAAAAUUUCAAAUGCAAAAAGUUGAGGCCGGAGUAAUAAAUUUCCGGCCAAUAAUCAAACCCUUUGAUCAUCAAUACGCCGAUGUCGACGUCGGAUGCGCCUAUUCCCGAACCACCAUUUCCUCAAGACCCUACUCCACCCGUUACACUCGUGUUAACCAUACUUCUAUUAGUCAUGUUUUUUGUAGGUUUCUUUUCUAUAUAUUUUUGUAGAUGUUUUCUUGAAAAUAUAGUUAAUUCUUUGAAUAAUAGGCAAACUCCUAGUGGAACUCCUAUUAAUCCAACUAGCCUUACUCCUCCUGGCCUAGACUUAAGCAUUGUAAACUCAUUUCCAGCAUUUACAUAUUCAAGUGUUAAAGAUUAUCGACGUGAUAAGUUCGGCCUUGAAUGUGCUAUAUGCUUGUGCGAGUUUGAUGAUAAUGAUGUCCUUAGACUCUUGACGACUUGUUGCCAUGUCUUCCAUCAAGAGUGUAUCGAUUUGUGGUUCAAGUCUCAUAAAUCAUGUCCGGUUUGUCGGAGAAACCUUGAUGCCUUAGACACGAGGCAAUCACCCGAGAGGCUUCCCAACAUUGAGAGUACAAGAACUAGUACCGGAAACAAUAAUGUAGAUGAAACCAUCGAUGGAAAUGACCCUAGAGAUACUGAUGACGCGAUUAGCAUUGUGAUUAAGGAGGAGAAUGAGCCUAUUGAUGAAGGGAUAUUGUUUGAUGGUAAGGGAAAUGGUGAAGUUCCGUUCAUAAGUGAAAAGUUUCCAAGAUCACAUUCUACCGGACAUUCAAUAUUUAGGAAUAGGAAUAAAGAGGAUGAUUAUAAAUAUACGUUAAGAUUACCAAAGCAUAUCAAAGAAACCAUCACAAACAAGCAGCAUAUUGUCACGUUAAGUUGUACUGCAAUUGGAGAUUGUACAAGCAUACCACCAAGAAGUCAUCAAGUUUUUGGAGAAAUUUCUGAUUUCGCACAAGUAGCUAACAACGUAUAA